AGUUUUGGGAUUGCGCGGUUGUUGUCUAGAUUCUUCAGGAAGCUUGUUGACGGUGACGGCAAAGCUGUUCUGGUGACGGGCUGCGACACAGGCUUUGGAAACCUGCUGGCUAAGCGACUAUCCCGCAAUGGCUUUAUGGUGUACGCCGGCUGCCUGAAUGCUUCAAGCGAGGAUGCCUGUGAGCUCGCCAAGGAACCUAACGUCCACGUGCUUCAACUGGAUGUCACAAAAGAAGAGGAGAUGGAUAAUGCCCUCGUGGCCGUGAAGGAUACUCUAGGAACUAAAAGCAAGUGA